AUGGCAUCGACGCCAUUUCCACAGGGCGCACGGGACUCUUCUAAUCCGGAAGCUUCCUCACCCCUUCCCCUCAAGGGUCUCGCCUCUCUCCCGCCAGAAGUCCACCACCUCGUGGCCGACUGCCUCCCCUACCCGGACCUGCUGUCGCUGAAACUCACAAACACCUACUUCGCGGCGCUGGUGGAGCCGCGACUCACCAUCCGGUCGCGCAUCAGCUGGGUGCAGAGCCGAUACGCGCAGCACCUGCCCGUGCCGACGAGCACCCGGCUGUCCUUCAAGUCGGACGCGCUGUUCGUCGCCAACCCGGAGGUGAAGACGAUCCUGCGGCGUCGCCGGCGCCACCUGGAGUGCGCGGCCCACGAGCGCGGGAGCGCCUUUGUCUUCUCCAUGUUCGCGCGCGUCGACGUCCAAGGCCAAGGCCAAGGCCGCCGCGACGGUCCCCACGCGUGGACCAAGGUCUGCCUGGUCACGGGUGACCGCGUGUGUCCCAGGAUCCAGGCCCUGGAGGCCAAGAUGCAGCGGUACAAGGACAGCGUUGUGGGCAAACUGGCGGUCCUCCCCGUGCUGCGAGCGAUCGGGUGGCUGAAGGGGUGGCAGCGCCAUUUUUGUGAUGCAGUGCCGUGGGUGAUGGCGGGAAGGCUGCGCGCCUCGGGGGUUCACCGGGCGUACUUUCUCGCCUUGCUGAAGAUCGUCCUUGCGGUCGUCGUGAUCUGGAUAGCUUGCCAGUUGGCCGGCAUCUGGAUGGCCCUAUGCGGAUUCGCAGAGAGGUAUUGGUACAGCGCCACGACUUGAGAUGGGCGUUCGUCGUGGAUUGUGUGCGGGACGCCGCUACAUGCAUGAGCCUCUGCACCGGGAUCUUUCGUCUCACGCUACACAACAUACGCUCGAAAGUUAUGGCGCCAUUCCCAGUCCGCAUUAUCGACAGCAAAAGAAAGGCCGCCGGGUUCUUGUUUUGCAGCACGAUUGAGCAUUCGGGUUGGAUCCCCUUCGGUGGUUGAGUUUCUCUUCCAUGGACCCCACGUAUACACUUGUCACGGCCCAGCAACCCGGAACGAGACGUGAGGGGUUCGAUCCCCGUCUGGAGGGAGGAUUGAAGAGAGAUCAAUGUCAGAGCGAACAGGUUGGAUGCAGCCAGGGACAGUCUAUUCAAUCCGUGGACCUCGCAUCUCGUACCAAACCCUCCUAUGUAACACGUAACCGACUGGUCGGCCAAGUCAUACAUAGGUAUAGUAUAGUAUAGUAUAGAGUGGAGGGCCUCCGUCAAGGGACGUUCGCGUCUUUUGUGCAUUUGCU